AUGUUUGGUAGAGCUUUGUUUCUGAAGUUUCGUUCUGUAUCCAUGACCCAGUUCCAGAUAAACGCAUCGGUAAGUUCAUCUUUUGUCUUCUCCCAUUUUGUCUCACACAACGUCUCGAGGAAGCUGUCGUCGAACGAAUUCUUCACAGAACGCAUGACGGACUUCAAGUCUUCUCCUGACGAAUCACAGCGCGCCCUCAUGAUCUCUUCGUACUCCAGACGUAGAUCCACCCAUUGGGUAAGCGCUUCAUGCGAGAUAUCUUCCACCUUCGGCGCCACAGUGACCGCAAAGAUCGGAUGGGCCACCGUGGGGUAG